GAAGACUUAUCCUCCCGUGCUUUGAAAAGAUAAAAAAGAAACCUCGCCCUCGAUCGUCGUCUCGCCCGGCGCCGAUGGCCAACUAUUUUUGGCCAAACCCUAAUAAUCGUAGUUAAUUAUUCCCCUUCAUGGCUCAGCCCCACCACGCUCGCACCGCCACCCACCACAUCCCUCCGGAUUCCGACUCUGAACCCGACGAUCAUACCUCCUCCUCAUCUAGCCCCCCUCUAUUUCUCCCUUGUACUACCCACGAACCCGCACAAUCCCCGGCCAUCUACCAUCUCUCCUUCAACCAAGAUUAUGGCUGCUUCGCCGCCGGCCUCGACAACGGUUUUAGAAUAUACAAUACCGAUCCCUUCAAGCCUCUCUUUCGCCGGGAUCUUGACUCGAGGGCCGGAAUCGGCCUUGUGGCCAUGCUCUUCCGGUGCAACAUUCUUUGCUUGGUCGGCGGUGGUCCUGAUCCCAUACAUCCAAUGAGCAAGGUAAUGAUUUGGGACGACCAUCAAUCGCGAUGCAUCGGAGAGCUAUCUUUCCGAUCAGAGGUGAAAAACGUGAAACUUCGGCGGGACAGGAUAAUUGUUGUAUUGCUUCAGAAGAUUUUUGUGUACAAUUUUGCGGACCUGAAGCUGCUGCACCAAAUCGAGACGGUUUUGAACCCAAAAGGGUUGUGUGAGAUAUCCCAUACUUCAUCACCGAUGGUACUUGUUUGCCUUGGCCUUCAGAAGGGGCAAAUUAGAGUGGAAAAUUAUGGGUCCAAGAGAACCAAGUUUGUUAUGGCACAUGACUCGAGGAUCGCUUGUAUGACUAUGACUCAAGAGGGCAGAUUGUUGGCUACUGCCAGUAGUAAGGGCACUUUGAUUAGGGUGUUUAAUACUUUGGAUGGGUCAUUACUGCAGGAGGUUAGGAGAGGUGCUGAUAGAGCUGAAAUAUACAGUCUUGCAUUCUCUUCCAAUGCACAGUGGUUAGCCGUCUCAAGUGAGAAGGGAACUGUCCAUGUAUUUAGCCUCAAAGUUGAUUCAGGUUUGGUGACAUUGACCGAUGAUAGAUUGCAUGUUGCAUCUGAACCAAACCAUUCUAAUGGUUCAGGCAUUUCGUCUCUUUCCAUUUUGAAAGGUGUAUUGCCAAAGUAUUUCAGCUCAGAGUGGUCAGUGGCUCAGUUUCGAUUACCUGAAGGAUUGCAAUAUUUUGUUGCAUUUGGCCAUCAGAAGAACACAAUUGUAAUCAUUGGCAUGGACGGAAGUGGGCGCAAUUGGGAAGUCAAAAAUUUUGCUUCUAUCGAUGUGAGUUUAACCCAGGAAGUGGCGGAGAGAUGACUCAGCUUGAAUAUCACAAUUUCCUGAAUGUAGACAAUUUCUUAAAGCUAGGGGAAACUUUUCUCAAGUCGAUGUAAAGAUUGCAUUAUAUUUUACACCUGUCCUUAUUGUUAAUAUCGCAUGCUGUACAACUAUAGGGUACAAGAUUUUACUCUGUGAAUGUUAAAAAUGAGCAAAUCAUAUGAGCUAGAUCUUCCAGGCUGUGAGCUAAACCUUUGUAAAUGUCUCUAAAUAAUGAUCAUAACUCAUAAUAUUUCUCACUGGUUUA